AUGGAUUUUAAAAUAGCUGGAGAAGGCGGCAAUGCCGUGCUGCAGACUAUUCACGCAAGCGAGGGUGGGAGAGCAAUUCGUUUGCUGCAGCAGCGGCAAAAGAUGCAGCAGCAUCUGCAGCAAGCGAAGGAGAAGCUAGAAACGAAGGGAACUAAGCGCAAAAACAUUAAUUGGGGGGGCUCUGCAGCCGAUAGAUUAGAAGAAGAAUUCAAAAAAGAAACGAUUGGUCUCGUCACAGCAGAGGCCUUCAGGGAAAGAAGACAGAAACUAGAAGAUCAGAUUCGCUUCGGUACGAAGGAGCUCUUCGUUGGCAAACUGCAAGAGAAGAGAAAGUUUGAAUUUAAGUUAACUAAGAGUAAAUUAUCUUUUGGCGAUGAAACAGAGGCUGAUGAGAUCCUCGCACAAGACAAAGACACACAAAAUGAUGAUAAUCAAACAGACAGCAGCAGCAGCAGCAGCAGCAGCAGCAGCACUGCUGCAGCAGAAACACAACAAACGAAUGCUGUUAAGACGCCUAAAACAGAACCAGCAGCAGCAGCAACAGCAGCAGCAGCAAAUUCUCCUGCUGCUUCUACACCCCAGGUGAAAGUUAAACAGGAAGAAAACGAAGCGAGUUCUCCUGAUGCAGUUAAUCAAUCAUCACCAUCUUCAUCAUCAUCAUCAUCAUCAUCUUCUUCUUCUUCUUCAUCAGGUUUAUUUAAGCUGCGAAAGAGAAUAGGAAAGGACCCGAGUGUAGACACGAGUUAUUUGCCUGAUAAAGAAAGAGACGCAAAGUUAGCGGCGGAGAGACAGCGACUGAUAGAAGAAUACAGAAGAAAAGAAGAAGAAGAAAAACGUAUGCCUUUAACAGUAACAUUUUCAUAUUGGGACGGCAGCGGCCACCGUCGACGAAUUCAGAUUUUGCGGGGUUUAACUGUUGGUGAAUUUUUAGAAAGAGCGAAGCGCGAAUUAGAAAAAGAAUUCGUAGAGUUAAGAUCUGUACCCACUGAGAGCCUCAUGUAUGUUAAAGAAGAUCUUAUCCUACCUCAUAACAUAACUUUUUUUGAAUUGAUAAAGAGUAAAGCGCGAGGCAAGUCGGGGCCUCUGUUUCAUUUUGAUGCAUUUGAUGACGUUCGAGUAUUUAACGAUGUGCGCAAAGAAAAAGAAGAUUCGCAUGCAGGCAAAAUAGUAGAUAAGAAAUGGUUCGAAAGAAAUAAACAUAUCUUCCCCGCGUCCAGAUGGGAAGUAUUUAACCCAACAAAGACGUACGACACCUACACCAUCAGCGGCGACGAGCGAAUGUGGAAGGGAAUUGCAGACCACAGCAACUUCUUACCCUGGCCCUAA